GUAUUGUCCACAAUAUCCUUGAAGAUGCCUUGAGCAAAUUAUUGUUGUCGCUUUUCCUCUCCUCAUUCCUCCAAUCAAUUUCCUCAUUCCUUGAACUUUUCCUCUGCUCAUAAUGGCCGGUUGUUGUGGUUGCUGUUCUGCAUUAAGACCUCGUUAUAGAAGACUUGUUGAUAAUAUUUAUCCUUCUGAUCCUCAAGAUGGCCUUGUUCGAAAUAAUAUGGAAAAGCUUACCUUCUAUGCUCUUUCUUCUCCUGAGAAAUUGGACCGAAUUGGAGAAUACUUAGCAUGGAAAGUGUCACGUGAUAUUGCUAGACAUCGACUUGGAUAUGUGAUCAUUGCCAUGGAAGCUAUGGAUCAGUUACUGGUUGCUUGCCAUGCCCAAAGCUUAAAUUUAUUUGUUGAAAGUUUCUUAAAAAUGGUCCAAAAACUGCUUGAGUGUCAUGAAUCUGACAUGCAGCUUCUUGCUGCACAAUCCUUUGUUAAGUUUACUAAUAUUGAAGAGGAUACACCAUCCUAUCAUCGUCGUUAUGAUUUCUUUGUUUCCAAGUUUUCUUCAUUGUGUCAUAAUAAUCAUGAUGAUUUGGAGACUCAAAACAGGCUGAGAGUUGCUGGGUUGAAGGGGAUCCAAGGCGUUGUCAGAAAAACGGUUAGUGAUGAUCUGCAGGUCAACAUAUGGGAUGAAACACACAUGGAGAAGAUCAUACCCUCGCUCCUGUUCAACAUGCAUGGGCACUGUGGAAGUUUAAGUGAAACUCCUGAUUCUCCACAAGAGGAAGCUAACCCAUGGUCUUUGGCAGAAAAUUGUCUCCGGGAACUCAUGGGGAGAGCAACCUUUGGAAAUGUUCGAUCUGUUAUUCGACCUGUUUUAAAGCAUUUAGAUAAUCAUGAGUUGUGGGAACCUAACGACUUUGCUGUCCACACUUUUAAAAUUAUUAUGUACUCUAUUCAGGCGCAAUACUCUUAUGCUGUCAUUCAAAUACUGAUGACUCAUUUAGAUGAAAAAUCAAGGAUGGAUGAGUCUGAGAAGAAGAGAAAGAAACCGAGAGCAGAUGCCAAAGUUCGUACUGGAAUAGUCAAUGUGCUUGCUAACAUAGUUUCCAUAGCUGCAGGAGAAAGCAUUGGCCCCUCAGUUCUGGAAAUUUUUAAUUCGUUGUUGAAUCACUUGCGGCAUUCAAUUGAAAUUCGAACAACAAAUGAACGUGAUGUAAUGAAUGAAAAGCAUUUCCAAGAUUGUGUUAUUAAUACUUUAGGUGAAUUUGCCAACAAUUUACCUGACUUCCAAAAAAUAGAAAUAAUGAUGUUUAUAAUGGGUAAAGUGCCUCUUCCUAUGGAUGAAUCUCAGGAGGCUGAUGUAUUGCUUCAAAAAAUUCUUUUGAAAAGUUUAUUAAAGGUUGGCACAAAAUAUCGCACUUUGCAAAUGUCACAAGCUUUUCCUUCAGCUUUCCUACAACCUUUGUUACAAAUGUCUUUAGCUUCUGAUCCUGCUGUACGAUUGGUUGUGCAACAAAUUCUCCACACUCUGUUAGAUCGCCACAAUUACUUACCAUGUCUCGCAAAAGUUUGCAUUAUGGAGCCUCUGCCUGAAUUGAAAGUUGAGAAAUGUUCCAGACAAGACACUAUGUUCUUCAAGAAAAAUGGUUCUGAUAUUUUGAUUCAUAUCUAUGAAAAUGUGCAGAUUGCUAACAACACUGCUGAAAAUUUUGAGGCUAUCUACACAACACUGGCUUUGAUUUGUGUUGAAUUUGGCUCAGAUAGUGAUGUUCUUAUUGAACUACUGAGAUUGGUUUUUGCUAUUCAGGAUUUACCUGCUAAAUCAGCUUUACUUUCGUCUGGACAUCACUGUGCUAUGCAUAUAUUGGUUGCUGGCUUUCUGUACUUCUUAGGACAACUCACUGCUAUACCUACUUUUUGUACUCAUGUAGAUCAGGUCAUAAAAAACCGCUCAGAGCGAGCCCUUCAGCUGCUUCCUGAUGAUAGUUUGACUUUUGGCUUGUUUAAUUCCAUUCCUGAAAAUGUAGAUGCAGAUUUGCUGUUUGAUAAUGCCAUCAUAUCUGAAGCAUUAAGGAGUAGUGGACAUGACACUACUCGUUUAUUGGCUCCAUACAUACCACGUAGAGUUGGUCAAGUUACUAUUACAAGAAGUAUUAGCGAUUUAAAUUCUAUUAGUGUUGAAGUGGACAGUGUUAAUUCUUCUCCUGGUAUACCUAGGAAACACCCUGAAGAGGAAAUAACUGUUGAAUCUCUGAAAAGAAUACUCACUGAGUCACCUACAGCUAAGCGCCAAGCGGAAGAUGUGCGCCGCCUGCGUAUUAUUGAAGAAUUUAGAACUGCAGCUUUUGAAGACCUUGUCGCUAAAGCUGAAAAACAAACUGUUGACUUGCAGAAUAAACUGAAUGAAAUCUUCGGAAAAGUUCCUGCUGCCGUGGAUAUUUCUUCACGUCCAAAUUCUCCACACCCCAAUAGUCGUGAUGAACACAGGCAAGCACCCUUAGCUCCACCCCUGUACAACAUUAAAUUCCCUAAUCACUUUAUCUACUAAAGGGAUUAGUCAAUUUUUGAACUGUCUUCUAAUUUCAAAAAAUGUGAUAUGCUUAUGAAUGUUCUAUCAAAGGAACAGAAUUCAUAUGAGGAGGGGUUGUAUACACAAUCUAUUGCAAUUCAUGAAAUCCAGGUGCAAUUUCUGGAGGCAGGUACAGGGCAUAUGAGUUAACGUGCAUAAUACACUUAUGUGUAUUGUAUGGUCCUCAUCAAGCAUGGCUGUGUUCCAAACUUGUUUUUAAUGCUGUAUGUGCUCAUACGAUGUUCUUUUAUUUCAUGUUAAGCUUAAGCAAACAUACUAAUAGAUAUGCACUCAUGUGUUCAUUAUGUUGCACAUAUAAUUUUCAAAUGAGUGAUUAUGAACUUUAUUUCUGCUCAAAGUUUUUAUUUAAAAAUUGAGCCUUUCUUCAACUGUCAAUAAGUGCUCAAACAUUUCAGGGAAUGAUACCUUCUAUGUAAUUAGCAUGCCUUCAAAAUUCUAUUUUUCCUUAAUUUCUGUGCAAGGGGAACAAGUAUGAACUCAUUACUAUCUUUAUGAAUCCAUCUUGAAAAAAAAAAAAAAAAUUGUGCUCACUUAUUGUAUGCAAUGAUUUUCAUUGUAUCACAUUGAAAUUGAAUUUUUAAAUAGCUUAUUGUAUCCAUUUUUUUGCUUAAAAUUAAACAAACUACAGAUUGCAUUUCUUGAAUAAAUAUUGCUUGAUUGUUAUGUAAAAUAAAUUGUUCCUUGAAAUAUCACGUUUGCUAAAUGUUUUGUCUGCUCAGUUCUUUCUUUCUUUUUUUUGGUUGUGUUAAGUUUGAUUAGGGAUUCAUUGGCACUAUAAAAUUUGUUAUUUUUUUAUAUUUUAAUGGAAUAUUACAUUUUAAUCUUAUUGUUGAAAUGUGAUUUUUUUUAAAGACUGCUGUAUAAUUAUCAUUUUCCAAUCUGUUUUAUAACUACUAACUUUAAGUGAUAAUUAGAAUGUUUUCCAAACAGAAAUGUAUUAGUAGACUUGGAGUUUUUAAAAAUUAAUGUCAUAUAUUCAUUCAAAUUUUACACUUGUUUUGUGACAUAUUGUAUUUUAAUGUUAAAGACUUUGCUUACAGCAUUUUCUUCAAUCAUUUGCACCCAGGUCUGUAACUAGAUUAAGACUCAUGGUCAAACGUGAGAAGAGCUGCGAGGUACCACAGUAACAGGGCCAUGUCUGAGAAGAGGCGGGGGGGGGGGGGGAGAGAAAGAGAAAACAGAAUGGGUGAUGAAUGAAAAAAAUAGGAUUAAAACUUAUUUUUAUGCUCUUUUUUCUAAACUUGAUAGAAAUGGUUGGUUGGAGGUGUGUGGCAAGAUGUACAACAAUUUAAUUGUUGUAGCAGGAUGUACAACAACUUGCCAGUACAAGAUCAUUGGCAAGGGGGCCCAGUAAUUAAUGCAGGGGUCAAGGGUAGGAUGUUUUGCAUUGCAAAACCAGAAAAUCAUUACCCUCCCCCCUAUCCCAUGUAAUUUGAUUAAUUGAAAUUGUUUUCAACUAUUUAUUUUAACUAUUCAUAUGAAAUUAUUGUUUCACUUCAGAACUUCUAAUUUAUUCCUUUUAGUCAUUAAAAAAAGGGAAGAAAAGACUUACACUUGUGUACUUAUGUGAGAGAGUUAUAUUGCUUAAUCAAUGCCUACAUGACUUCCUUCUGGGUAGACUUAUUUUAUCGGGGCAGGGGGGGGGAUGCAAACCAGCUUGUGUGAACAAACAUUUCAUCUCCAUUGUUAUCAAUGUUAUUACAUUGACGUUUAUAAAUAUGAAAUAUAGAAUUGUUUGAUGACAUAAAUGCAGCAUCAUUUAUUUUUAUUAUUAUUUUUUAUCAUGAGUGGAAGGACAAUCUUUCCUACUUAUCCAUAGUUUCAUUUAUUUAUCAUUUUAUGCUUAAAAGGUUCUUUUUUUUACAUUCUCAUAUUUGAUGUUCAAUAACAUAAUCUUUCACUGUUUUCAUAAAGGCAUUUUUAACUUUUUUUUAAAACUUUAUCUUUGCUCAUUAAAUUAAUACUGUUAUUGUGUGUUAUGCAAACAUUUUUGGUAUAUUUUUACUAAGUCUAAAUAAUAUUGAAGAAUAAUUUAUGUAUGCAUUAUAAGUGAAUACAUAGUUUAAAAAAUGUUUAAAAUUUAAACUAGUUUAUUUAUUCAUUAUAAACUACAUGGUUGAACUUAGAUUAUUAAAAGAUAGAUAAAUAUUUAUCUGUGAUUGUUAUGUAUGAAUAUAUGUAAAUAAUAUAAUAUAUAUCUAGUUUUCAUCUAUUUAUUUGGAUUCUUAUGUGAUAUUUUAUUUUUCUUCAUUUCCUUUGAAAUUAUUUUAAAUACUUUUCAAGUAUUUUACUUAAUUUUCUUUGUUAUCAAAACUUGUUAAUGUAUAUCUGUUUGAAAAAACAAAUCUUUUUAUUUUUAAUUUUAUUUUGUACUGUAGUGCUCUUUUCUUAGAGUUUGUUAUACUGAAGAAAGUAUGUUACAAAAUCUAGCUCAUCAGUCAAGAACAUGAAGUACAUUUCAACUCCCCAAUUUGUUCAUAGUUUUCCCUGUGUAUUAUGAGCAUUAUUCAUAAGUUAAUUCAUUACUUUUGCACAAAAAUCAAAGUUGCACAUGAGUCUCAGUAAUAUUUGUUAUUGAUUUGUUUGCAACGUUUAGUAGUCAUUGUGAAAAUAUAUAUAUAUAUUUUUUUCUUUUGUAAAAUUCCCAAAUUUCCAUGUAUAAAUACAGAUUAAUGUGUUGAAGAUUUCUUAAAGAUUGAAAAAGGAAAUAUUUUCUAAUUUGAGACUUCUUAAAUACAAAGUUAUGUUAAAAAACACACACACAGCAAAUUGUUACGUGUGUGAAAAUGCCCCAUGAGUAAUGCCAACUUUUGAAAAAAAGAAUUGGUGGUCUGAAAAUUCUUUUUGGGUAGAAUGAAUUGGUGGUCCCUUUUUAUUGAAAGGAAGAGGAUGAUAAUCAAAUCAUAAAGGUUUCCCUUACAUCAGGCACUGCUGUCUUCUUAAUUAGCUAAAAAUGAAGUAACUGCUUGAAUGACUAUAAAUGAUUAAAAUUUUUGCAGUUGAGGGUUUUUUUUUUUCUUCUUCUUUUGAACACUUACGGAAAGGACUUUUUAUUGUCCAAUGUGUCUUACUGCUAUUGCCACCAUUUUUCAAACUGUUUUCGUGAACAUGGUUGAAGGUUAUUUUAAAAAAUGAAAAAAAUUGCAUAAUGAUUUAGAAUAAUCUUGAAUCCAAAAUGAAAUUUUAAAAUGCUUCUUGAUUCCUGGAGCAUAAAAAAUUCCAAAUGAAAACAUUUAUUGAUGAAAUCGCAUGUUGAAUUUUAAAACAAUUUACAAAGUUAUUUUGAAUUUAUUACAAAGUGAAACCACCUAUUCUUAUAGUUAAACCUGAAAAUCAGACGUUUCCUUUUGCUAAAAGUCUUGUUUUCAAGAAAAUAAAUUGUUAUUUCAAUUUUGGAAGGUUUACUUUUCUAAUCACUCACUCAACUAGAUACUAUUUUGCACAAUAGUAUGUUUUAUUCAUAGCUAAAUGUGCGUUUGUCAAAAUAAAUUUAUGUUGUGUUAAUAAA